AUGAUGUGGGGAUAAAGGCAUUAAGCCUAUGAGUCUUCUAAUUGAACAUUUCCUUGACAACACACCCACCAUAUUGAUUCGAUCGUUUUCCGAGAGUGAUAAGAACAAUGGAUCGCGAGUUCAGAGUGAGCGUUGUGUUUCAAUUAAAGGCCGAAACAUCAAAACCACUCCAAAAUGAUGUGGUAUCACGACUAACGAUCUUUAAAUGUUUCAAUUGAAUGAGGUCUUAAUAUCCCUCUUGUAUUUUAACUAAGUUCUCAAUAAAUUUAGCCCAAAUUAAAUUAAGCUUAAAUUAUGUAAAAUUAAAAAUUAUUUAAUACUUUAAGCACAAAAUAGGAAGUUUCCAAAUUUUUUGGCAUUAACAAUCAUGGCUAAAAGAAAAAGUGAUUCCAAGGAGAGAUUUCUAAUCAAAUCCCGAAAUUUGUAUGCAAAAUUUGAACGUGGAAAAAUAAGUACUUCCACUUCAUUCAUAGAGUUGAAGUAGUAAUAUGAUGUUAAGAUGUUAUUGCUAAUUUUUAACUAUUUCAUAUAUAGAUGAAACUAACUUUUGAAAGUGUUGUUGAUUAAUAGAAAUGACUUCAAUACAUUUUGUUGUACAUCCUCUGCCUGGAAGUGAGGAUCAAUUGAAUGAAAGGUUAAAAGAUGUAGCAGAAAGAACUAAUCGUUGUGGAUAUAGUGUUCCAUCUGUUCUUGCACAGUUAAAAAAUGCAUCAGUUAGGCAGUGUGUGGUUGGACCUAUGCAUGUUGCCUUUCUCCUAGAAGAUGGACGUAUUUGUCGACUGGCGUUUUCUGUCGUUUCAGAGCGUUUAGAUUUGAGCAAGAAUGAAACUUCUAAAGCCUUGAAUUUAAAAGGAUCUAGUAACUCAAAUUCUACUACUCGAACAACUGCACCACGUAAUAGAGGUCGUAUAAUGCGCACAACUAGUGGCAGAGGUCGAGGAAGUGGUGUUAUAAUGGGAUCUUCUAGGCCUGUUGUUCCUGCUCCUUAUGUUCCUGAAGAACUGAUAUCACAGGCUCAAGUUGUUUUGCAAGGAAAAUCUCGCAAUCUUAUACUCCGAGAGCUCCAAAGAACUAAUUUAGAUGUUAAUCUAGCUGUGAAUAAUUUACUGAGCCGAGAUGAUGAAGAAGGGGAAGAUGUGGAUGACAGUCAAGACUCGUACAUGCCAGGGGAUGAUUUAAUUUCUCUUUUGGAUGCGGGCAUUCAUAGUGACCAUCCUAGUGUUAUCAUUGAUGCAGAUGCUAUGUUUUCUGAAGAUAUGUUUGGUUAUUCUACUCUUAGGAGCAGAUCUGGUAGCCGUGGGCGAUCUGGUGAAAGAGAUAGAGAUAGAGAUAGUGAUCGAGAUCGGGAUGCAAUGUUUCGCUUAAGAGAACGGCAAUAUUCAGGAUCACGGCGAUGGCUAGAGACUGCUUUAAGAGAUAGCGGUGCUAGUGAUAAAUCAGGAGAAAGUGUUGGAGCACCAGAGAGUAAAAAACGAGAUGUUGGUGAAUCAAAUCCACUUUGGCUCUCUGAUGAGCUGGAGUUUUGGCCUGAAAAGCCAUGUCAAAGCACUCGUUUUGUUCAAAUGGGUGCUCUUUAUUCUGAGCUUAUAGCUGUAAAUGCAAAUGGUCAACUUUAUCAAUGGAAAUGGACAGAUGCUGAACCAUAUCGUUGCUCUGAGAGUCCUGGAAUAUUUCACCCAAAGACAAUAAGUCUUGGUUUGAGUGGAGAAAAAAUUGUCCUUCUUUCUUCAUGUUCUGUCAGAGCAACUGUUGUUAUGGAAAGUGGAAAAUGUGCUACUUGGCUUGAUGAAACUCUUGCCAUGGUGUCUUCUAAAUUAGAACAUCCUGCUCAAAUUUUCCCAGAGUUCCAACAAGAAAAAAUAACUUCUCUACAUGUGUGUUCGCUAUAUUCUUGUGUUCGCUUGGAAUCUGGUACUAUAUAUUGGUGGGGUGUAGCACCUUUUAAUCAGCGAAAGAGAUUGUGGGAAAAGGCAAGAGCGAAAUCGAAAAAGCAGUCAACAUCAUUUUCUUCGGAGAUUGUAAAUGGAGUGCAGGUCUGCAUGCGAAACAGCCCUAUGUAUCACUCUGGAGCUCUAGCUUUUACAAAUGCAGGAAAUGUACCUAAAGUAGGUCAGUUACUGUCUGCUGCUUGGAACCUUACUGAUACUUGCCAUUUUAAGAUAUUACCUCCAGGUUCAGGUGAAAGAAAACCUGAAAAAGAGACCAAAGAUUUUGUAAAAAUCGAGAUCAAAGUACCAUGUCAAGAAAUGCCACCACCACCCUCUCCAGCAUCUUCUACUUGCAGUGAACCUGCUUCUAGUCCUUUACCACCUAAACGUAAACAUAGGUCUAGUAUGCAGACAAGAGAAGAAGGAGAUCGUAAAGACGACGAAGCAUGGCCUUUGAAAGAUGUGAUAUUUGUCGAGGAUGUAAAAAAUGCUCCAGUUGGAAAAGUUGUGAAGGUUGAUGGCGCUUAUGCAGCUGUUCAGUUUCCAUCUCGAGAAUAUUCAUCUGGAAAUGGACGUUCAUCACAGAUGCAAUCUGGAUCUUCAUGUGAUGAUGUAAGUGUUUUGCUUCAAGAGUGCAGGCUUUUGCGUAAAGAUGAACUUUUGGUUGUAAAGAGUGGUAAUACACCUCGAGUGCCUGAUUGCUUUCAAAGAUCACCUAAAAAAGUGAAUAUAGCGGAUACUAGCUCAAUCCUGACUAUGGCUGUAGAUGGACAAGGUAUUCAUGCAGUAGUAAAGAAUGGUGAACGUUUGAGCUAUGUUUUGUACAACAUUUCUACUGGAAAAGCUUCACAAGAUAGUCCAUUCCCAACAGAUACACAGUCUUUUCUUGGCCAAGAUCUCAGACUUAUUUCUUUUGGAAUCAGUGGAGAAAAUGAAACUGUUGCUGUGCUUCGUGAUGGAAAUAGUGCUAUCUAUCCAUUAUCAAAAGAUUGUACCGAUAGUAUAAGAGAUCCUGUCUGGCUUGAUCUCCCUCCAGCUAGAGCCAUUGGUCUUGGAGUUCAUUCACUAAAAGAUGUAACAGCAAGUCAGAAAAACCAAGUGGCCAUAGUAGUGCUUGCACUUGAACACCAAACACUCCUGCCUCCAAUUUUGAAGUGUGAACAAGAGACUGUCAGACAAACUCUUGCUUCUCUGGAGAGAGAUUCUGGUACUCCACUCGGACAAAAUACUUUACAGUGUGUUCUGAGCGAACGUUGUGAUGGAAACAGAAAUAUAUUUCAUGCUGCUGUCACAACUUGCUUCCCAACAUCAAACAAAGAGUCUGAUUUUGGAGAUUACACAUGUAGAAAAAACAAGAAUGAAAAUUCUGAAUUGGAAACAAGUGGAAGUGCAAGCCUGGAAUCAUUAGAUUUAUUAAGUGGAACAGUUGCAAACAGUGGAAGUGGCCUUCCUUCACGCAAUUCCACACUUCGAGAAAUUAUGCGUAGAGCAACAUCAGCAGCACGCAACCUUGCUGGCUUUGAAAAUCGAGAUCAGGAUGUUGGGAUUCCUACUCUUGGAUGGCCUCCAGAACCUACAGAUUCAGCUGCUGGUUCCAUGUCACCUUUAGGAAGCUUAAGCACAUCAACAGAACCUUCAGAAAGGAAAAAUGCUGCUUUGAACAUUCUUUGGAGUUUAUGUGAUUCUCCAGUUCUGAAACCAUUUUUAAGGGAUCUUCUUACAGCGCGAGAUGCCCAAGGGUGUACACCAUUUAUGUCAGCUGUAUCAGGACGAGCUUAUCAGGCUGCUCUACUAUUAAUGGAUACAUUCUUGCGAUUAGCUCAAGAAGCAGCAAGAGAUACCGAAGAAAAACAGAAAUUCAUGCAGCCCAUGAUUUAUCCCCGUGGAGCUUUGCCAGAUGAUUCACCUUUGCAUGUUCUUUGCUAUAAUGAUACAUGCAGUUUCACAUGGACAGGAGCGGAACAUAUAAAUCAAGACAUAUUUGAGUGUCGUACCUGUGGUCUUACGGGCUCGCUGUGUUGCUGUACUGAGUGUGCACGUGUUUGCCAUAAAGGACAUGAUUGCAAACUGAAGAAAACUUCUCCCACUGCUUAUUGUGAUUGUUGGGAAAAAUGUAAAUGUAAAGCACUUAUUUCUGGUCAUCAGCCAUCUAGAUAUCAGCUUUUAAGCAAACUGAUUGAGGAUACUGAUCUAGUGUGUUAUCCAAAUAGCCGGGGAGAAAGUAUUCUACUUUUCCUUGUACAAACAGUGGGACGUCAGGCCAUUGAGCACAAGCAGUACAGACCUUCUCGUCCAAGAUCAUCUGCACCACGUAAAACUCCAGCCUCUGAAAUUCCUGAAACAGAUAUGCCAGAACAUGAUUUAGAACCACCAAGAUUUUCCCGACGGGCUUUAGAACGAUUGCUAAAGGAUUGGAAUGCAGUAAAGUUUACUAUAUUAGCUGGUUGGAAAGGGGAAGAUAUUUCAGCUUUAAAGUCAAAUUACUGUUUCGUAUAUGAUGAACAGGCAUAUCUUGGUCUUCAGAAUGGUACAGCUCUUCUGGAUAAAUUCACUCAUUGUUUAUUAACAAAAUGCAGUGCUGAGAUGCUGGAUACCCUGUUGAAUACUCUCAUUCUUGAAAUCCAAAAUGAAACAAAAGAAGGGCGAAAUGGAGAAGCUACAUUGGUUGCUAGACGCUUUGUUCGAUCAGUUGCUCGGAUCUUUGUGGUAUUAAAUGUAGAAAUGGCACCCAGUACUUCAAAAAAGAAAAAUAUUAGUACUGCCAAUCAACCUUUGACUAAGUGUAGAAGAGUGUUUCAAGCUCUCAUCACAAUAGCUGUGGAAGAACUUUGUGAAACUGCUGAUGCUCUUAUUGCACCAGUAAGACUUGGCGUUGCCAGGCCUACAGCUCCUUUUUCCUUAGUUUCAUCUAGCAACGAUGCUGUUCAUGGUAGUGAAGAAUUGUUUGCAGUUGAUCCAAUGAUGACACGAAGUAGCUUAAGUGAAGUAUCUAUACGAUCAUCUAACGGCCUUGUUGUUGAAAAUUCCCAGUCAUCCUUAGGUGUUAAUGGCUCUUCGCGCGAGAGAGAAGAUGAAGAUCCAGAGGUUGAUGUGAUGGAGAGAGAAGUAAGUGAAGACCAAGACCCGGAAGAGAGUGAGAGAGAUGACCGCACAGAACAAUCUGAACAUGACAAUGUCCCUCCAGAACAAAAUGAUGAAGGUUUAUCAUUGAGACUUAAUAUGGAUGAAAUUUUUCUAGAGAGUGAAAGUGAUAGUGACAGUAAUCCUGAUAGUGCAUCUUAUCAGAGUAAUCAAGAUAAUACUAGUGCACAAAGAAGUGCAACAACUGGUGGAGCAACUGCUAGUUCUGACACAGGUGUUGCAAGUCUUCCAUAUUUCUCCGAGGAUGACUCAGCUGAAUCCUCCAAUGCUGAGGAUGAAGAAGAAAGUGAAGCAGGGGAAACAGAGCCGGACACUGAAGAUGCCUUUUUAGAUGAACAGUUAGAGCGACGAAGUAAUGGUGGCUCAUCUGGUCCCAGACCAAAUCUAGCACCACAACAUAUGCAGUGGGCACUUCGUCAGAGAGAACCAGGGCGUGGGCCCAUCACUACCUCUGGUAGGUUGGGUUCAAGUGGUUUGAUAUAUAUAGAUCCAUCUUCUCUGAGAAGAGCAACUGGAACUACAGCUUCAGUUUCUGCAACUGUUACUCAAGAAUGCACAGCAGCAGCUGCUACAACAUCAGUAUCUCUUGCUAGAGCAUUUGCAAUUGUUAUGAGACAGAUUGCAGAUCUUCUAACUAUGCUGCAAGAUUACCAAGCUUUAAUGCCCAAUUUAGGCAGAGUGCUAGAUGUCUCUGGUCAAGAUAUAGCAAAUUUACAGGUAUAUUUGGAAUAUCAUUUGAGGCCAACUUGGGAAUGGUUAAUAACUGUUAUGGAUUCUACUGAAGCUCAGCUGCGUUUUGGUUGUGCCUUAACUUCUGGAUCCAACCCAUCACAUCCUUCUCAUCCUUUGCAUUUGUCACAACAUACAAGGUCUACUAGAUCUAGAGGGGAAUCUGAAGGACGUGCUUCAAGUAGCACUGUCGAUGGACGUCGCAGAGGUGCUGAUGGUGUUUCUGCUAGAAGAGAUUUCCUUUCAUAUGCAUUAUCUCUCAUGAGAGCCCACAAUAAUGAACAUUUUGAUUCAUUGCCAAGCCUUGAUAUAAAUGCAUUGAAACAUGUUGCAUAUGUGUUUGAUGGACUAAUAUAUUAUAUACGUUCUGGAGUGGAUGGAACUGACACAGAUACAAUGAGAGGAGAGGGCUUAAAUUUAGAUCCAUGGGCCGAUCAGGAUGAAAUCGUUUUACAGGAUGAAAAUGAUAAUGAAGAACAAGAAGAAGAAAAUAGUUCAAAUAUGCCUAUGGAAGUUGAAGGAGCUGAAGAUGAAGGACAUAUUUCAGCUAAAGGUCGUAAACAUUCUUUUUUUCAGCGUUCUGAUUCUACAUUAUUUUUAGGCUGUCCUCCACCAGACCCAUUUAACUCUCCUUUGGCUGAAUCCUUGCUAUUAGCUGAUCAGCCACAUCUUUUACAACCUACUUCCAGAAAAGAAGAACUUUUUGGAAUUCCUAGAUCGUCAUCUGCACAUUCAGACUGUAAUCUUUCAGUUACAUUGCCUUCAGAUAAUCCCAUUUGUGGGUAUUUUGAAUCUGUGCCUACAAAAUUAGGUUUAUCUGUUCGUGCAGCUGAAGUCCGACGACAGACUCCUUCACCAUCACAAUUACCAACUGUUCAUUUACCUUUAUCUGUACGUCAUCCACCUCCCCCACUUCCUCCACCUGAAUAUGAGGACAGGGAAAAUUCUGGAAGUGCAAGUGAUUCUCGUAGAUCCCAUUCAGAUGAUGUAGAUAUGCGAAAUGAAUCUUUUUCAAACUGUUCUUUGCCUAGCAGAUCAAGUUUUGAAGGACAGGAAUUUGCUAUAGCUAUGACUACAAAUAACAGAUCAGCAUGUAAGACACCUGACUACGAUGCAGAAAACUUUGUCAAUCAAGUGUUAUCAGAACCAUCUCGAGCUCCUAUUAUAGUUACCGCUCCUUGCAAGAAGUUUGAUAGUGUAAGCCCAGUGAAGUCUAGUGUCAUCGUUCAUGCAGGCUGCAUUCGACAAUCAGCAUCAUCUAGUCCUGAUUUGCAAGCUAAUUCCAGUUCAAGUUUUAUAGCCACUCCAGAUCCUGCUGCUGAAGUAACUGUCACAUCUAGCUGUACAACAUCAACUGCAACUUCAGCUAUGGGUGUAACUUUCUCACGUGAUGCAAAUGUGUGUUAUGGUAAUGAAGGAGGAUCAGGACAAAGUUAUUCUCAGAAUAGACCUGGUGGCUCCAUCGGCCAAACAUUGUCACAUGACAUGCUCCUUGGAAGGUGGCGGUUAGCUCUUGAGUUAUUUAGUCGAGUGUUUGUUGAUGAUGUUGGAGCUGAACCUGGAUCUGUGAUAAGUGGCUUGGGUGGUUUCCCUGUAAAAGAGAUGAGAUUUCGUAGAGAAAUGGAAAAAUUAAGAAGCUCUCAACAAAGAGAUCUCACGCUUACUAAAGUUGAACGGGAUCGAACGUCUUUAUUGCAGCAAACUUUCAAAGAACUGAAUAACCAGUAUAACAGCAGUAACCGUCGCAGUAGUGCAGGUCAGCCUCCUUUAACAGUAUCAAGAGUUAAAGUUACUUUUAAAGAUGAACCCGGUGAAGGAAGUGGUGUAGCAAGAAGUUUUUACACUGCAAUAGCAGAGGUAAAACUUUUUUCUUUAAUUUCCUUUUUUUUUGGGGGGGGGAGGUUUAAUGUGUACAGUGAUAAUGCCUGUAUGAAUAGGGAUGGUGGUCCCCUCAUAUAUUUAAGUUUUUUUAACCUCCACUAUCCAGCACUGUGUUUUAAACCUCUCAAUCGUAAUUUCUCCUUCUUACUCAUUUUUCAGAUUUAAUUCAAUCUCUUCAUA